AUGCUGGGGCAUGCCAUCCUCAUCUCGAUCACUGUUCUAUUUGUGAGGAAAAGGGCUUUUGAAUCAAAAUUCAAAGGGAUUUCAAAUAAUUUGAUUCAAGAUAGGGAGUCACGUCCCACACCUGGCUUGAACAUUCCACUAGAUGGAGCGGACCCCAAGGUUGCCAAUGUGCAGCCCUUAAACAUGGAUGCUGGCCAUGGCGACAAGGCACCUGGCAUAACUGAAGUCAGUCCCGUAGAGAACUCAACUUCUUUGGCCAGUGAUGACCAUAUACACUGGGCUGAAGAUGAUCAAAAAACCAUUGGUGCACGAACACGCUCGCACCUUCCACACCACCGAGUGUUCCCCAUGGUGGGCGUUGGCGCCCGACCUGACCUGAAUAAUCAUCCGAGAGAUGCCAUCCCAAACCUGCCUCUGCGAGAGGAGAGUGAGAUAUCACGGCUGAAGGGCAUGAUCCAAGGAACGCAAAAGUAUUUCGCGUCCCGAGGCGUUAUCUCCCGAAACUCUCAGUUCCAUGGGCUCACCCCCGACGAACGCGAGAGACUUGGUGGAGUCGAAUACAAGGCAGUUUCGUUCUUAGCAGUGAUAGUCGCCCUUUACUGGCUGAUGUUCUUGAUCAUCGGUAUCAUCGGCGUGGGAGGAUGGCUCGAAGCGAAUCAUCCAGAUAUAUCUCGGGAAAACGGUCUAUCACCUUUCUGGACAGGCGCUUUCUUCGCUGUUUCUGCAUUUGUGAACAGCGGUAUGUCCCUUUUGGAUGCCAAUAUGACUGCACUACAAAAGAAUGUGUAUCCACUUCUCACAAUGGGUUUGCUAAUUCUUGCCGGAAACACUCUCUAUCCCUGCUUCUUGAGAUUUAUAAUCUGGACGUUGAGAUGCAUGGUCCCAGACCGACCGGCAUGGAAGACAUGGAAGGUUACCUUAGACUUUAUCCUUGAUCAUCCUAGAAGGGUCUAUACAAAUCUUUUCCCAAGACGCCACACAUGGUAUCUGCUGGGAACCAUCAUUGUUCUAAAUGCCAUUGAUUGGGCCGGUUUCGAGAUACUCGCAAUUGGAAAUCCAGAAAUCGAGGAAUUGCCACCAGGCUAUCGAGUCCUGGACGGUUUGUUCCAAGCGUUAGCUGUACGCUCUGGAGGGUUUUACGUAGUAACUAUAUCCGGACUCCGACAAGGGUUGCUCGUUUUAUAUGUUCUCAUGAUGUAUGUGUCGGCAUUCCCCGUGCUGGUGACCAUGAGAAACACCAACGUCUACGAAGAACGUUCCCUGGGCAUCUACACCCACGAUGAUCCAAAAUCCGAAGCCGACGGCCAAGCCAAACAAGGUCUCUUCAUGGGUCUCGUGCGACACCACCUGCUCGGACGCCAGGAUGUCCCGACCGCCGAAGCCUCGCGCAGCUACUUUGUCCACCAACAACUGCGUUCGCAACUCAGCCACGAUAUCUGGUGGAUUGCCCUAGCAGUCCUCUUUAUCUCCAUCGCUGAAUCGCCCAAUUUCAAUCGCGAUCCUGUCAGCUACUCCACCUUCAACAUCAUCUUUGAAGUUGUCUCCGCCUACGGCUGCGUCGGCGUUAGCGUCGGCAUCCCCGGCAGGAACAGCUCGUUCUGUGGCGGCUGGCACACCAUUAGCAAAUUGAUCCUGGCAGCGGUUACACUUCGUGGACGUCAUCGUGGUCUUCCCGUCGCUAUCGAUCAGGCUAUCAUGUUGCCGAGUGAUAACCUCGCCUGGGCUGAAGAGGAAGAUGCUGCGAUGAGACGGGAGAAAACUCUUGCCUGGGGUGCAGACAGAAUGCCUGUUGGGGCUGUUUAA